UUGAAUGUUCGAAAAAACACAUCGUUUGAAAUGUCAAUGUCCCAUCUUUAUGGACGGAGGGAGGAGGAGGAAGAAGGUGUAGAAAUUGAGAGCUUUGAAGUGACGGAAUGGGAUCUGGCUAAUGAAUUCAACCCGGACCGUCGCAGAUUUAGGCAAACCAAAGAACAGGCCACCUAUGGCAUCUGGGCUGAAAGGGAUUCAGAUGAAGACGAGAGGCCAAGCUUUGGUGGCAAAAAAUCUAAAGACUACACUACUCCUGUGAGUUUUGUGAGUGCUGGUCUCCGUAAGACUGCAACUGAGGAGAAACAGCAGCCAAAGGAAGGAGGCUCUGAUGACUCAGAUGAUGAUGAAGCAUCAGCAUCAGCACCACCACCCCCGUCUCGUGUCUCAGCUCCAAAAAAACUUCAGAUGGGAAAUCUGCGUGGAAAUCAGUCGCAGAGAUUUGCAGGAGGCAUACAGUCUGGUCAAGGUAUUGGUAGCUGGGAAAAGCACACUAGGGGAAUUGGACAGAAACUUCUGCAGAAAAUGGGUUACCAGCCAGGAAAAGGCCUGGGAAAGAAUGCUCAAGGUAUUGUAAACCCUAUUGAGGCAAAGGUGCGAAAGGGAAAAGGAGCAGUUGGCGCUUAUGGCAAUGAGCGAACCCAUCAGAGUCUUCAGGACUUCCCUGUGGUUGAUUCAGAUGAGGAGGAGGAGAAGGAGUUUCAGAAGGAACUAGGACAGUGGCGUAAGGAUCCUGCAGGCGCUGCAGGAAAGAAGAAACCCAAGUACUCCUACAAAACUGCAGAUGAGCUGAAGGCUAAAGGCAAAAUAGUUGGUCGAAGCACAGCUGCAUCCGCAGGGGAGCUGGCACAGGUCAAGGUGAUAGAUAUGACUGGAAGAGAGCAAAAGGUUUACUACAGUUACAGUCAAAUAUCCAACAAGCACAGCGUUCCUGAUGAAGCUCCACCCAGCAUGUCCAUUCGGGACCAGAAGGGUUCUGGCUUUGCUCUCCCUGAGCUUGAGCACAACCUCCAGCUUCUGAUAGACCUCACAGAACAGGAUAUUUUACAGUCAGCCAGACGUUUGCAGCAUGAAAAAGACGUAGUUGUGUCUCUGAGCCAUGAGUCACGAGCAUUGCAGAGCAGACUGGAAAUGGAGCAAGAUGCCAUCCAAAGAAUGGAAUCUGUAUUGGCAUUGGUCGACCGCUUUCCUUCUGGGGAGACGGCACCAGGGGAGGGGCCCGCCUUGCAGGAGUGUGCCCGGAUUUUUGAGACCUUACAAACUGAUUACUAUGAAGAGUAUAAGAUGAUGGGGUUGGCAGACCUUGCUGCAGCUGUUGUCCAUCCGUUACUUAAAGAGAAACUUUGCUCAUGGGACCCAUUGAAGGACUGCACUCAUUGUCUGGAAGAAAUUGGUCAGUGGAGAUCAAUCCUUGAAUCCAGAGACAUGCACUCCAGUGGUCCAGAUUCAAACACGGAUCCCUACCACAGACUGCUAUGGGAGGUUUGGCUCCCCGUGAUGCGCUCCUGCGUGUCGGCCUGGCAGCCUCGGAUAGUCGGGCCAAUGGUGGACUGUGUGGAAAUGUGGGCUCCUCUUCUGCCGCCAUGGAUCCUGGAUCACCUUUUGGAGCAGCUUAUCGUACCACGACUACAGCGAGAGGUGGACAAUUGGAACCCUUUAACUGACACAGUGCCUAUCCACUCCUGGAUCCACCCAUGGCUGCUUCUGCUCCAAUCACGUCUAGAGCCUCUUUACCCACCAAUCAGGAGCAAACUGGCCAACGCUUUGCAGCGGUGGCAUCCCAGUGACGCCUCAGCUCGCCUCAUCCUUCAGCCAUGGAAGAAUGUCUUCACAGUGGGAGCAUGGGAAGCUUUUAUGGUCAAAAACAUCAUCCCUAAGCUAGCUUUAUGUUUGGAAGAGCUGGUUAUCAACCCUCACCAGCAGCAGAUGGAGCCAUUUAACUGGGUGAUGGAUUGGGAGGGCAUGCUGUCCCCCUCUUGCCUCAUUUCCCUGCUGGAUAAAAACUUUUUCCCAAAAUGGUUGCAGGUUCUUUGUUCAUGGCUGAGCAACAGUCCCAACUAUGAAGAAAUCACUAAAUGGUACCUGGGCUGGAAAAGCAUGUUUAGCGAUAUGUUGCUGGCACAGCCCCAGAUUAAAGAGAAAUUCAAUGAAGCUUUGGACAUCAUGAACCGUGCAGUGUCUUCAGGCAUAGGUGGAUACAUGCAACCUGGAGCCAGGGAAAAUAUUGCAUAUCUGACGCAGACUGAGAGACGAAAGGACUUCCAAUAUGAAGCUUUGCAGGAGCGAAGGGAUGCAGAGACCGUGGCUCAUAGGGGCAUUAGUGCUGGUGUGCCAACUAACUUUAAAGAUCUUAUCCAGACCAAGGCAGAAGAGAACAACAUUGUCUUUAUGCCCAUAGUGGCCAAACGACACGAGGGAAAGCAGCUGUACACCUUUGGUCGUAUUGUUAUCUACAUAGACAGAGGGGUUAUAUCGAUGUCGUCCGAGGCACUAAAGAAGCGGAAGUCGAAGGUUCUCCGGACUGAAGGAGGAACACCGGAGAUAAAGCGGGGUCGUGGGGAGGUGGACCAGCAUGAUGUUCGUCUGUAUAAUGAGGAGGCGGAGCUAGAAAGCAGGGACCCUGAACAGGACUACUUACAGUACAAAGAAUCAUGUGAGAGUCUGGGCAAACUUAUGAGUGAGAUCCAGAAGCUCAAAGCCGGUGGCGCUAAGGAGGGGUGUGCAGAGCUCGAGCAGAAACGCAUGCAGAGCUGCAUCCACUUCAUGAAUCUGAAAAGGCUGAAUCGUCUGGCUCAUAUGCAGCUAAAGAAAGGCAGAGACGACACGCACGAGGCAAAACAGAAGGUGGACGUGUUGCAUCUCCAGCUCCAGAACCUCCUGUAUGAAGUUAUGCAUCUUCAGAAGGAGAUCAGCAAGUGUUUAGAGUUCAAGUCUAAACAUGAGGAGAUUGAUUUGGUGAGUGAAGAGGAGUUUUACCAGGAGGCCCCACCCGAGAUCUCCAGGCCUAAUCUCACAAAGACUGACCCUCACCAGCUCACACUGGCACGACUUGACUGGGAGCUGGAACAGAGGAAAAGAUUAGCAGAGAAAUACAAAGAGUCCCAGGCAACAAAGGAGAAGAUUCAGAAGAGCAUCGAGGUCAAGAAGGAGCACCUGAGAAGCUUGCAGCCUGGACUCCAUGCAAUCAUGCAGGCAUCUCUCCCAGUGCAGGAGUACCUGUCCAUGCCGUUUGAACAGAUUCAGAAGCAGACAGAGAUCGCCCGCCACCUGCCUCCUCCUCUCUAUGUGCUGUUUGUUCAAGCAAAUGCAUACGGCCAGGCCUGCGACAAGAAUCUUAAUGUGUCGAUUAGUGGUGAUGUGGAUGAGGCCAAGGCCCUGUCCAAACCUCCAGAAGAUUCCCAGGAUGAUGAGAGUGAUUCCGAUGCAGAGGAAGAACAAGAGAAAACGAAGAGGAGAAGGCCGACUACCGGUGGCCAGCUGGAUGACAAAAGGCGAGAGAUGCUGAAAAAGCACCCUCUGUCCCUUAGCUUGGACCUUGAAUGCAAAGAUGGCAGCAUUCUCCAUCUCUUUUUCUACUACUUGAUGAAUCUGAACAUCAUGACGGUCAAGACCAAAGUCUCUACCUCAACCGACCUCAGUACUGCCAUCAGUUCAGGGGAUCUUCUGAAAUCAGACACUCUGCUUAGCUGUCUCUAUACCAACGACCAUGGGAGAGAAACUCCCAAUCCUUCGAAUCGCUACCAGUUUGACAAAGUCGGGAUCGUUUCCUUUUCCGACUACGUGGAUGAGCUGGGCUAUCCCUACAUGUGGGUUCAGCAUCUCGGAGGACUUCAUUUUCCCAGCGAGUCGUCAGAGGGUGUGCUGGUGGGCAGUUCUCUGAGCGCCAGCCACAUGGAGAACACCAUGAAGCUGCUGAGAGGGCGGGUCCAGUCCCGCUUGGCUCUCCACAAACAGUUCGCCUCCAUAGAGCACAGCAUCAUCCCAGUUACCAGUGACUGUCAGCACCUCUUCCCUGCCAAGAUCAUCUCCCGUUUAGCACGCUGGACCGCCAUCAGUCACCAGGAGUACACGGAUUUGCUGUACACACGUCAUGUCACUGACGCCGGGCUGGCCAAGGACACUGAUCUGUACUUUAUGGCAGUGGUUGAGAGGGGGACAGCUCGUCUCACUGCUGCAGUGGUGCUGAAUCCCCGGUACCCGGAGAUCGCCCCCCUGUUCUCGCUCUCCCUCAGCUGGAAGGGAGACAGCAGCGGACGCACCGAUAACAACCUCAGGGCUAUUGAGAGUGAGGUGAACGUGUUCAAAAGCGAACUGCAAGGGCCACGUCCAGGACACCAGCUGCUGACCAAUCAGCUGCAGCGCCUGUGCGUGUGCCUGGAUGUGUAUCUGGAGACAGAGGUACAGGACGACAGUGUGGAAGGACCUCGCGAGUUCCCACGAGAGAAAAUGUGCCUGCGCACUGUCAGGGGUCCAAAUCGCCUGAAGCCAUUCAAGUACAACCAUCCUCAGGGCUUCUUCAGUCACCGUUAAAGCUGGAUGUGUCAUUAUCCCUUCGUACUUUAAAUUAGCCAUUUUUAAACAUACUUUUGUGACUCUUUAACAGGCAAAGUGUCUUUUCAAACAAUUUUUGGAGAAUAAAGAUGUGAAUUUUCUUCAGUAAUUGUGUCUUGAUCUUUUUGCUGCAUGCAAACUUUAGCUUUUUCUGUUUGCUCCUGUUAUGUCCUCUUUACCCCGAUCUCUGAAUGUGACACUCUAUUUAUAGGUGUUGUCAGGGCUAGUUGAUUAUUAUGCUACGGGGGUUCUGAGCAGGAAUAAGCUGAGUCAUUUCUACAGAGAGUGGUGGGCAGUAUUUUGCAGGCUGUGAGCAGUUAGCCUUUGACCUCUCCGGAACUCCCAGUUAAAGCACAUUUAUGUAUAUUAUAUGCUUUUUUACUUAUAAUCAUUGAACAGUGUGUCCUUAGGAGUCAGUCUGUCUUUGAACUAUCAAGUAUUCAUUCCUGAAAACUAACUCUCUGGGGAGGUUUCCUGAUGCUGCUGUACUAAGGAUUGAGCACUGUUUGGAAGUCAUUUUAGAUGCUCCAAAGCGAAAAACGGGAUUUUGGACACUGGAGAAGCUACAUGACAAAAUGGCCCCUGAAAAGAGGGGGGGAAACUGCCCCAAAUGACAAAAAGACAGCAGCUUCAAAUUAGCUUUUGAAUUAGCAGCCUGUAACCGAGUUGCUGAUCCCGGUUAAGCUGGAUGCUGUACUAAUUUUCCUGGAUCUCUGAGUACAAAUACCAGAAACCUUCUUUAUAUUGCAAUUCACAAGGUCUCAGGUGAGGUCGGGUUCUCCUUUUAGUGUGGUUUGUUGGCUUUAGGAAAUGCAGCUGGUGUUUGGAGGUGAUCUUGCGUGGUCAUGAGCGCUAAGAGUGUGUCUGAGGUAAUAUAGGCUGUAGGAUGUGGUCGAGGAAAGGGUUAAAGGGACAAUACUGAUGGGAGUGGGGCUUCAGUGCCUUCAAUGCUGGUCUAUUUUUAGCAUGUAUCAAGCAUGCAAAUAACCAUGGUCUUGUGGGAGAGGCUUAUGAAAAAAGUAGGGAUGAAGAACUGGGGGCGGGGAAGGCAGUAUUGUCAAUCUGAUGUAUAUUAAAGUGUUUGGUAUCUGUUUGACUUUAGGUUGGUCUGCUUUGAUGCAGCUUUGUCACAAAAACGUCCCUGUAAUGCAGUGAGUUUGAACUUUAAUGAUGUCAUGGCAAUAAAAACUCAGCCAAAUGUCAG